AUGAUUAAAGGCUUAAGGGGAACUGGAGGAAAUAUCAUCCAACCAACCCUAUUUGCCCUAUUUGUAAGACAAACCUUGGGUAUGCAUAUGGGCCUCCAAGGAUUUGCACAUAUUGCCACUACCUCAGGUAAACUCAAGAGAUGCUGUGGCCUUGAACCUAACUAUCAAGAUUCCUGGCGACAGGAGAAAGUUUCAUGUCGCUUGGUUGAUGCGAAUUACAACAUCAUGGCCAUAGAUGUUGGCUCGUAUGGAAAAAAGGGAGACAGUGAAAUUUUUAACAAAUCCGCAAUAGGGAGAUCAAUCAUGAAAGGAGAUAUUUUCCUUCCAGACAAGGAGCUUCCCUUUUCUGAAAUCAUAGUCACAUUUGUAGUGGUAGGCGACGAAGCCAUUCGGUUACAAAGGAAUACCCCAAACCAUAGAGUCCGCCUCGAAACAGGAAGAGAACCACUAAGCAUGAAAGUGAUAAAAAAGACUUCGACAACUCUAUGGACCAAGCUCGAGUUCAUGCCAGAAGAGCGACUCCCAAAACUUUGUUUUAAUAGACAUAAAUCAUUAGAUAAGGAUAAGCCUAACAUAGACUUCAAUUGGGGGUCUCAAUUUAGAGCAAUAGCCGAGCUUAAUGCCUUUGCAGAAGAGCAUUCUACUGAACAAGACACACUAGAGACGAAAGGAGGGAGCUGGAAGGAGGUUAAACCCAGACAUGACAGGGUGGUACGGCCAUACCAGCUCCCAUCUAGUCCAUUAAGCCAAAGGGCGGACUCUGAUAGAGAGUCUACUCUACUUAGGUCAACUACUUCGACCGAGACAGAUCAGGGAGGGACGCAUAGUCAGUCCUCCCCUGGAAGUAUUUUAAAGGAAGAGGCCGAGAGGAUCAAAAAAGGCAAAUUAAAGAAGCUUUAUCGCAAAAAGAAAAGGCGAGCGGAAGGAAUUAAAAGGCAGCCUCAUUCAUCAGGGAGUACCACGGGUCGUUCCCCUUUAGUUAGACAAGAGAAGAACUUCCCCAGAGCCAAUACGGAAGGAGGGGAGAGAGGAGGCUGGUCUUUCUAG